AUGUUAGAAAGACAAAUUUUCCUCAGCGCACUGUUGGCACUGAUAUUGGCCUCUCAGGCCUAUGCGGCCAAGGCAAAUCGCAAUCAGCAACAAACUAAACAACGCCAAGCCCAAAAUUACCAAAAUACGGUGCCUAUUGGGCCACCUGUGCCGGAAUUUCAGACUAUUAAGGAACGCCAUUAUACCUCGGGGGAAAUGUUAAAACUUAUGAAUCUCGAAGGGGAUCCCUGCAUGGAUUUCUAUGACUAUGUCUGUGGCAAUUGGUUGCAGGCACAAAAUGUCAGCGAAUCCGAAGAGAAUCAAAUCAUCACCUUAAACAAUCGCAUGGAGCUGAAUGUUAUUCGACUGCUACAAAGGAAAUUCGAAUAUACAAAUAAUACAAAUUCCGUGGUUUAUAAAUUCUAUCGCUCCUGUAUCUCCGCCACCGAGGAAGAUCAGAGAGCGUUUGCCAAGGGUUUUGUCAGCAGCUAUGGUGGGUUGCCGGAUAUUAAGGAUACAUGGCGAGAGAGAAGCUAUCAGUGGAAUGAUAUUAUAGCCAAGCUGAAGUUGGACUACAAUUUGGACAUCUUGAUCACUUUCUCCAAUUUGCCCAAUGGCCGUCCCGUGCUGAGUGAACCCCAGAGCACCAUACUGCCCACAGAGUUGUGCAACUCCGAGGCUGCCUCACAAAUCGAUGAAAAGGAUGAAAUCUUUGAUGCCAUACAAAUGGACAUCAAGGAUAAGUUGCAGGCCUGGUUUGCAUUUGAGGAGGCCGAUGCCACUCGUUUGGCCGGAGACAUACAACGCUUUGAGUUUGAUCUUUGCAAGUAUAUGCGAAAAAGUGAACUGUUGAAUGUGGCCCCUCCCGGGGAGGAGGAAACUGCGGCAGAGGACAAUUCCACCGCCAGAGGCCCAGGCGUCAGAAAUAGAGCCCAAAAUCGCAAUAAUGCCGAACUGGAGAAUAAUCCCAGAUUGAACAAUUUUGUUUCGCAAAUGCUGGGUCUAGCCCAGGGUCAAGCCAGAAGUGAGUUUGAGGCCACCUCCAGCGCCGAGUAUCUUCAAUAUCUCAUCAGUAUUAACGGCCGCAAGCCUUCGUUUGCCAAUUACAUAAUCUACAGGGCUUUGUCGGAGCUAACCCUACCCGUGGGUCAACCUCCUGAGGAACGUCAAACUUUUUGCAUUCGCAAAGCAAUGCAAACUUUUCCCGAGUAUGUGGGCAACCUGUAUCAGAGCAGUAUAGGCGGACGCUUCAAGGACUUUAUGAAACAAGAUAUCGCUUCCAUUUUUCGAGAAAUUAAGGAAGCCGUACCCAGAAAUAUGAAAAAGUAUGUGGACUCUUUGCAGGUCAGUGAGCCUUUGUAUGCUGCAGGCCCGGCCACAGAACCACAGUCUGUUGUCAUAAGUGUCAAUGGAAACUAUUGGGAAAUUUUAAAGUCCGUCAUCAUUACCAAUAACCAGCAACAGGCGCCACAAAUGGGUGCCACGGGCCAGCAAAGGGGACGCAGCAAUACGCCAUUGCCUUCAGUGGCAAAUGUUGUGGAAGCCUUUGCCACCAACUUGGCCAGCAAUGAGAAGCACAUACAAUUUGGCUAUGGUCUGCUCAAGCCUCCAUUCUAUUUCUUCAACUACCCCAGAUCUUUGAAAUAUUCCUCUCUGGGUUUUGUCUUGGCGCGGGAAUUGGUAAAACGCUACAUUGAUGAGCAGCAGAGCUUAGAAGGCCGAGCCUUGUCUUCCUAUGCCCAAUUGGAUCUCAACGAGUUUCUGACGAAUCGAGCAUGUUUUCGCUCGCAGGUUAGCGGCUACUUUUUCAAUACACCCGAUGAAUUUCGCAAUGGCACUCAGUUGAAGGAAAUCAUGGCUGAUGCCAGUGCUUUGAGCAUAGCCUUUUUGGCCUAUAACAAUUGGCUAGAGAAACAGGAUGCCCUUAGUCCUGAAUUGAAAUUUGAAACCAUGCCCAACAUGAACUUUAGCAACACUCAAUUGUUUUUCAUAAAUUUUGCUCAAAUACGUUGCUCGGCCAAGUAUACCAAGGAGGAGGGUGCUGGUGAAUUCUUGGAAUAUUUCCCACGCGAUCUAAACACUUUGGAAAGGUGGAAUGUAAAUGGGCCCCUGAGUAAUGAUAUGGAAUUUGGUUUGGAUUUCAAUUGCCCUUUGGGUUCGGAAAUGAAUUUUGGUGAUAAAUGUUCAAUAAUAUCGAAUGAAUUUAAAAGUGGAUAUUAA